AUGUGGAGAGUAAGGAAUGCACGCGUGUCUCUGUGGAUCUCCGAGGACUCUUUACUCAGAAAUUUUGCUCGCAUUCUACUGUUGUUCCUUGGUGUCGUUUUCUGGGCAAGUGCAACAGUUCUGACCUUUGGUGGAUGCUUUGUGAUCCUGUUGUGCAAGAACUAUCAUCAUUUUUUUCAUGAGUCUUUCUUUCCUCUCCCUGGCUGGCUGGCUGUUGUAGCUGCGUUAGUCCUGCUACCUACUGGUAUUUUGGCUAUUUCUGUUUCUGUAAGGAACUCCCGUUAUCACCAAGGGACUCUAAUGCACCUGCUGCUAGUUCUUCUUUGUCUCCAGGUGUCUUUAGCGGUUUUGACACAGUUCUACUCUAUUUGGAUGGCAGUUGAGCUGAAGAACACAAUGGGACAAGCCUUCAAUCAAUACAAUGGCACAAAUUCCCUGGCUCGUGGAAGCAGGACUGUGGAUAUGCUCCAGAAAAAGCUCCAGUGCUGUGGGCUUCAAAACUAUACAGACUGGCUAAAGGCAUCAGCUGCUUCUUGGCAUUUUCCAUCCAAAAAAUCUCAUAUUCCUAGAAGCUGUUGUAAAAAAUAUGUUGACUGUGGGGGUGACUUAAACCAGCUGGAUCAGCUAUUCCAGGAGGGCUGCCUGAGGAAACUGCAAGACCAGUUGCAUUAUGGAAUGAAGUUUUUGUUUUCUUGUUGUGUUGUGCUCAGUGUCCUAGAGCUGUUGGCUGGAGCAAGCAAUGGCAUCCUCAUGAGCCAUCAGCCUUUCUAUGACUUACGAUUUCUGGAAUCAUCUGUCUUCUCAUAG